GCCAAGUACCUGCAGCUCAAAUUCAAGCCUCAUAGCCCCAUACCGACCCCUCGCUAGCGCAUGAUGUGUAUAUAUACUGAGUGCGACAGGUAGCCUCUAAUCGUGACCCCCGUAUUAUUUCACGAUCUCCUCGAACUUCAAGACCGACUGUAAAUCAUAUUUUUGUCUGGCAAAUUUCUGACUCUACCUUCAAAUCCACAAGGUGCUUUGCCUGUAAUCGGACGCUUCCGAUGUUUCUCGAAUCCCUUCUAGUGCACAAACUCCCUCUCGAAAUUCUAUCCACAAUAUUCUCUAUCGCGACUCAUCUAUCUGAUGACCCCGUGUCAGCCAUCUCCGUUCCUUUAUCCAUUUCGCACGUAUGCGCUCGUUGGCGGAAAGUCUCCUUAUCCACAGGUAGCCUAUGGACGAGACUGGCCUUAUUUUUCCCUGCCAUUGACCCCGCACAGCUCACACGCACGAUAUGCUGGCUGAACCGUUCCAAAUCAUAUCCCCUCGAGAUUUUACUAGACCUUCGCUACUCUGAUUGGGACUGGCCAUCCUCGGGGGAUGGCCAUCCAUUUACGGGCGAGAUGCUACAGGUCCUCCUCACAAUCUUGUUACCUCAUGUUCAGCGUUGGAAAACAUUCGAGAUGUUAACAGACACGUGGGAGCCGAUUCACACUUUCCUAACGCGCAUUCGGGACACCCCGAACUUGAAAGCGCCUAUGCUUCAGAGUUUGGCGCUUUCCAGGUGUAACGCCUAUUUCGUUCGAAAAGGCGAGGUCUUUCAACCUAUUGAGCUGAAGGAACCGAUACCCCUGAUCAGUACGGGUAUGGAAGCCGAAGGUCUACGUGACGUCCUCCUUGCGGGCGUUCAUGUAGAUUGGACGAAAUCACGGUGUUUUCGGAAUCUUCUUGAUUUGACCCUCAAAUUCCAUUCCGCCGAUGUUAUGCCAUCAUUUCCCGAGUUCAAGAACAUGCUUGAUGCCUGUCCUGAUUUAGAAAGUCUAACGAUUCUAGGUUGGGGGCCCUCACUAGAUCCAAACAGUGAUGAAAAUAGUACUUCACAGACGAAACGGGAGCUUUUACUGCGCCUUCCCACUCUCAAAAGGUUCUCCCAUGGAUUCGUAGACGUCGAUUACGCAGUGGAUUUUCUCGCUCUUUUUAGACUUCCUUCACUUCGAGCGCUGGAACUACAGGACAUAACCGCCAACUUGAACGAGGACCCGUCGAUCGGUCUAGACGCGACCCCGGUUCUUGAGUGGCUGAUAUCUAAUGGCGCUCAAUUAUCGGACUUCCCUUCCAUCUGGUAUCCACUUUGUCAGGUUGAACGACUGGAACUAGAGGGGAUCAAAACCUCUCAACAGGUGUUUUCACGAUUCUUACGGGCGUUUACCUCCCUGAAGAAGCUGUGCCUGUCGGAUGUUGACUCUAACCUGCUUUCUGCACUCUACGCACGACAAGAUGAAGAAACCGUUCCAUCUCUACCAGGUCCGAUUGUCGUCGAGGGAAGGGAAAGACGAAGAUCUUCCUUUGCUUCAGUCAGUCUGACGCCGGCGCCAUUAUUGACAUGUCCCCAUUUGGUGGACAUGGUCUGCAGAAGGGUGGAUUAUAAGUAUUUAUCCAAGAUUAUCUCGGCAAGAUGUAAAGUGGAUUCUGGGGUCAAACCUUUGGAGACGUUGGAAAUUGAUUCGGGCGGAGAGGGGUCGGAAGGCUCCAGUUUUGCUUUGAGAGAGGAGGAUAGAGAAGCAUUUUUGAAAGCCGGCGUUGGAUUGCUUGUUAAUGGAGAGGCAAGAUGA